GUACAGGUGACACGGCUCAGCCUGACAGUGGCAUCGCGUCUGGACCGGAGAUUGUGGUCGUGCCAGCAGCUCACUCACAGCUUUGCACAGUGACACUAGCACCUGGACCAGCGCCAUGUCAGAUGUUAAAAAUCCUCCUCCGUACACCAUUCCAGUUGAGAGUCAGAGUGAUGUGAAAGUCUACCAUGUGCACACUCCGUUCAACCCUAUCGCCCAAGACCAGAAUCCGCCACAGAAUAUACCAAUCUACACCAGCGGAGGCGGUGGCUUGAGCUCAGGCUUCGACGAUGGCAAAAAGAAGUUCACGAGCUACGACACGGCGCUGGGCUAUAAUUCUGGCAUGACCACGUGCCCUUCCUGCCAGCAGCAGGUCAUGACCAACGUCACUUACAAACCAGGGACGUACGCCUGGCUCAUGGUUCUACUCUUCAUCUGUCUCGGGUUGGUGCUGUGCUGCUGCCUGCUACCCCUGCUCUUUAAAAAGUUCAAGGACGCCCACCACACGUGCCCCCGCUGCAACAGACUUCUGCAUGUGGAGAAGAGAAAAUGCUGUGAAUGAGCCCCACCCGUCCCAUACACACAAAGGUCAAAACAAGACCCCCGCAUCGAAUUGACAACAAUGACAAAGUCACUUAUUUCUAUGGUGGAGCCUGCUUGAGCUGGCAUGGCUUCCAUGUUAAACAAGCAAACACGUUAGGAGCGCUCCCAUGCACUUUUACAGCAACAACAAACAAUAUCUUCUCUAUCAUUCAGCUCUGACACCGUUGAUUAUUAUAUAUAUAUAUAGUUCAAAUGAAGUUUUGUACAUACAUUUAAAACUAUUGUGUUUCAAGGGCUCGAUCAUUUGAAAUUGAAAAGUGAAAAGGAUCGUGUUUGUGCCACAAUGGAAUAGAAUAAGCUGUUGAAUGAGUGUAUGUCUCUGUUUAUGAAGGAAUUAAAGCUGAUAAAGAUAUGUACAGCAGAGUUUGAACCCACUACCUACAUGUAAAAUAACUUUUUUCCUUAUGAAAAUAGUUAUACCUUGAAUUUUUUUCCCCCACAUGAAUCAUAUUGCCAAUAUGAAAAUUUCUAUGCUAUUUUCUUGAAAAUAAAAAUUACAAAACACUUAAAUAAGAAAAAAAAAUCUAAUUUCCCCAAUAAAUCCCACAGUGUGACAUCUCAUGUACUAUCACUAUUUUAGAAUAUUUGUCAAAUAAAAAAAAUAUAGUCUAUAUGACUCAUACGCA